AUGCUCCGACCACCGACGCUCCGACCACCGGCGCUACAGCCACUUCUGGUGAACUGUCGCUUAUGUGCCGGAACCCAACCAGAGCCCCGCCGAGUCUUGAUCUCUCUGUCGCUGUUUCUUCUCGUCCUCUCCAUCGCGGCCUCGUCGGGUCUCGCCCUCUCCAUCGCCGCCUCGUCGGCUCUUGCUCCUGCAAUUGGCGGCAGAUACUUGGGGUUAGGAUUCUACUUUUUUGUGGUCGUGAGAAUUUUGGGGUGUCAAAACUCAAAAACAACAAUUAUUAAAGCUACCUGUCAAAACUCGAACGUGUCCCACAGCUCCGAGUCGCACGCCGGCGGCGCGAAAGCCGACCCGAUCACGCAUUGCCAUGGCAUAGCGAGGCCUGACUUGAGUAGCUGUGGCAAGGUGGGGUUGCAAAAGGCGCUCGCAUUACGUGAGGCGUGGCGUGGCGAGGAUGUUGAUCAUGACAAUGUUCGGCUGAUUCAUCAAGAUAUUUCCCACCGUUUGAUUGAACCUGAAAAGGCUGCUAUUGCUGCCAAAGAAACUCUUAAACAUAAAAUUGCCAUGCAGCUUGCUUAG